AUGCUGCUCAAGUUUGUCAAGAAGAACGCACCUCACGUCAUGGAAGAAGAGGAAGCGCCAGCCCCUGCCACCACCAACGCCAACCAUCAUGCUGCGCCCCCUAAGCCCAAGAAGAACAAGCCCAUGAGCAAGUAUGAGCAGGAAGCUCAGAUCAACAUGCUGGAGAGCAACCUGUCCCGUUUCCAGGGAGGCGGUGGACGCUCGCCCGAUCCGAUGCCCUCCGUCGAAGCGAAUGAAAGUAGCGACGACUCCGACGAUGAUUCCGAAGAGAGUGAAGAGGAGUAG